AUGGCAACAGUCACAAAAGAAUCUAUAGAAAAAACUUUACGAGAAAAACUUGAAGCGGAACAUGUAGAAGUUGUUGAUACUUCUGGUGGCUGUGGAAAUAGUUUCGACGUUGUGAUUGUUUCCUCAAUAUUUGAAGGUAAAAGUAUUUUACAAAAACAUCGUUUGGUAAACGAAGCUUGCAAAUCAGAAAUUGCACAGCUUCACGCAUUCUCACAGAAUGAUAAAGCAUAA